GGGACGUGAGGGAGAGCAGAUAGUUUGUGCUCGUGGUGGAUAGCUCCAGGUAAACCUUUCUUGGCUGUUGUAACUGUAUUCCUAAAUGCGAACCCGGUACGAAAGUCAAAGGUGAACCAACAUUUACAAAAUGUCAAUGACCUUCAUAUUUAUCUUGCUUUUAGUUCCAGUAUUUGUUUCUAUGAAGCGUUGUGGUCCCGGAAUCUAUGGACAACGUUGUGACAAGCCGUGCAAUGUGAACUGCCACCCUCACACCAACAACAAUACAUAUUGUGAUAAAGACACCGGGAAAUGCUUACAGGGUUGUGUUUCCGGAUGGAGUAGUGACCAAUGCAAUUUCCCUUGUAGCAAGACUUGCAUUGGUAACGUAUGCAGUCAACAAACUGGGCGGUGCACAAAAGGUUGCAAAGGAAUCUACAGAGGGGAUAUGUGUGACGAAUAUGAAGUUCCAGUGAGGAUUUCCAAGAAGCGUUGUGGUCAAGGGUUCUAUGGAAAACGUUGCGACAAGACGUGCAAUGUGAACUGCCACCCUCACACCAACAACAAUACCUAUUGUGAUAAAAACACUGGGAAAUGCUUACAGGGUUGUGUUUCCGGAUGGAGUAGUGACACAUGCAAUUUCCCUUGUAGCAAGAACUGCAUUGAUCACAUAUGCAAUCAAAACACUGGGUGGUGCACAAAAGGUUGCAAAGGAAACUACGGAGGGGAUAUGUGUAACGAAUAUGAAGUUCCAGUGAGGAUUUCCAAGAAGCGUUGUGGUCCCGGAAUCUAUGGAAAACGUUGUGACAAGCCGUGCAAUGUGAACUGCCACCCUCACACCAACAACAAUACAUAUUGUGAUAAAGACACCGGGAAAUGCUUACAUGGUUGUAUUUCCGGAUGGAGUAGUGACAAAUGCAAUUUCCCUUGUCGCAAGAAUUGCAUCGAUCACAUAUGCAACCAACAAACUGGGCAGUGCACAGAAGGUUGCAAAGGAAACCACAGAGGGGAUAUGUGUGACGAAUAUGAAGUUCCAGUGAGGAUUUCCAAGAAGCGUUGUGGUCCUGGAAUCUAUGGACAACGUUGUGACAGGCUAUGCAAUGUGAACUGCCACCCUCACACCAACAACAAUACAUAUUGUGAUAAAGACACCGGGAAAUGCUUACAGGGUUGUGUUUCCGGAUGGAGUAGUGACCAAUGCAAUUUCCCUUGUAGCAAGACUUGCAUUGGUAACAUAUGCAGUCAACAAACUGGGCGGUGCACAAAAGGUUGCAAAGGAAACUACAGAGGGGAUAUGUGUGACGAAUAUGAAGUUUCAGGAGUAUCUCGGGAGAGACAUUGUGAUCUGGGAUUCUUUGGAAAACGUUGCGACAAGCGUUGCAAUGCUAAAUGCCUCUCUCAUACCGACUACAGUCCCUUUUGUGAUAAACACAGCGGAAAAUGCCGACAUGGUUGUGUUUCUGGAUGGAGUGGUGAGGAUUGCUCUACCGCUUGUAGCAAGAAUUGCAUUAACCAUAGUUGUCAUCAACAAACUGGGAAGUGCACAACAGGUUGCAGAGGAAACUACAGAGGUGAUACGUGUGACGAAGAUGAAGUGACAAGAAACGAUCCACCACCAAGACACGACCAGGAAGUGACAGAUGGAGCCAAGCGAGUCGUCCUAAAGUUGGUCUUCGCCACUGGUGUGUUAUUCGUCCUCGUAGUAUUGACAGCCAUCACUGCGGUUCUCUUGGUGAGAUGCUUUUCCAGCAAAUAAGG